CCGACCGGUAACGUUAGCGGCGAGGCCCGGCGAUGACGCACCUGGCCCUGACAGUGGGGAGGGUACCGGGCCCAUAUAUACCUGACACUCUCCGGACUCCAGAUGUAGUCAACAUGGCGCUCAGAUUCGCUCUUAUUGCUUUGCUGUUGGUGGCAGUUAUCUGCAUGGUCUACGCAGACCUGGAGACGGCUGAGUCGAAAUAUGGUGGAGGCGGCCGCGGUCACGGUGGCGGUCACUACGGACACGGAGGUGGUGGCCACUAUGGACACGGCGGUGGCGGUCACUACGGACGCGGAGGCGGUGGCCACUAUGGACACGGCGGUGGUGGCGGCCACUAUGGUGGUGGCGGUAAACAUCACGGAUAGACUGUGAUUUACACUACUUCUUCAUCGACAUUCCUGUACAGUUAUUAAAUAAAAAUAAGUUAUUUGUUACCUCUA